AUGUCGAAUUGUAGCAAUUACACUAACAAUCAAGAUGCAGAUAAGAACGACAGCGCUGCUAACACGUUAAACGCAAAGAAUUGCCUAAUGAAAGGAAAACUAUCUCCAUUAAACUGCCUUAUCAAGGUUAUUGCAGUAACCCUCCUAAUUCUGGCCCUUCAAUACUCCAACGAAAAUAAGCACGGUAUUAAUGGAAGAAGCGUAGUGAGCGACUUAGAGUCAAGCAAUGUAAGAAGCUUAUCCGAAAUGCACUCCAAUCUUGGAGGAUCAAGAGAGAGUUUAUAUUCUUCUCAUGAAAAUAUUAAUGAAAGAAGAAACAACAGGGGUAAUGUUGGUAGCCAAUGGAGAAGUCAUGAAAAUCUGGAAUCAUCAUCUUACUAUGGUACCUAUAAUAACCACGCCCCCCGAGAACCUGGUCAACAAAACAUGGGUGAACUGAAUUUAGACAGUUUUAGUUCAGGGAUAUUAAAAAAAGUUAAGGAAAAUGCUAUAUAUGUCGUACCAGGUAUAAUAGCAGGUUAUUAUGCAUGGACACAAAUAGGAUCACAAAGAUUUUUAUUGAUAGCUGCUAUUAUAGGAUUAUUCUUGUUUGCAAGGCAUAAUAACUCCCGUUAA